AUGUGGAAAGAUGAAGACUGCAGCCUAUCCCCUAAAAAGAACACUGAUGACUGGGAUUCAGAAGGACACUCCGAGAUUUUUAGAAACUCAUUCAGACCUACAAGUCCCCUUUCCCUUACGGAUCUCAACAUGUGGGACACGAGAUCUCGCUUUACAGCUCAGUCCUCAGCAUGGUGUGGUAUGGCAAGUGUUUCUGGAUCAGGCUUUCUGUCCAAAGUCAGCACUAGCGUAUCAGGCAGCUCUGGUAACUUCAGACACAAGGACCCAGACAUGAGGCGAUGGCAGUCACUGUCCUGUCUGGCGCCCAAGGGUGCUUCACGAUCAUUUAAUCAGUCACCAGGGCCUGAAUUGCGAGCUGCGCUGGAAGAAAGUAGCAUCAGGCGAGCAGAGCUGGUGCAAAUGCUGCGGGAGGCUCAUGAGCAUCUUGACAGCCAAACAGACCUGGUGAGAGCCAAAGACACACAGCUGCAGCACAGCCUUACCACUGCACAGCUACUGGACAUGAAACAUAAGCAGCUGGCAGAAGCCGUGAGUGCUCUUGAGCAGGAGAAGGCGGCAGCUGAGUUAUCCCGAUUUGAGGAGAGCCGACAGCGUGGAGAGCUUCAUGAAAAGGUCCUACAGCUGGAGAUGGAUUUAUUGAAAAUGAGGUCAACGAUGGACAGAGGAAGCAUUGUUUCAAGUGAAAAAACUCAUAAGCCGUUUGGCAGAGCAUUACCUGUGACUCAAGAGGAUGUUUACAGACAGGAAAACCAGAAAGUGGACAGGGAGCUGUGCAAGCUGAGAGAGGCUCUUCGAGAAGCCGAGGCAAGGGCAAACACACAAGAUGAAGAGAGAAGCCAGGCCCUCCAGCAACUCCAGACAUCAAGAGAGGCACAGAGGACGCUGCUGAGUCAAGUGGAAGAGAUGAACCAGAAGCUUAGCCACAUAACACAGAGCCACACUGAGGUGCAGAAACAGCUGAGUGAGGCUAACAGCAAGCUCAGCCAAGCCUGCCUGGAAAAGGCCCUCUUAUCCACUCAAUUGCUUAAGUUGGAGGACAAUGUAAAUGACAUAAAGGCUAAAUUGUCUGCGGCUUUGUCAGACAAGGAUCGCCUGAUUCAGGAUAAUUCAGACCUGCGGCAGAGGUCCCAAAGCCUGCAGCUGCAGCUGGAGAGGGUCCAGCAAUGCAGGGAGGGCUUCACAGACCAAGUGUGUGACCUCCAUGAACAGCUGGCUGAGGCUAAAUCCCAGAACAACAAGCAGGACCAGGAGACUUCCCUGAUAAAGGAAGAACUGGUGUCUGUUAAAGAUCUAAAUAAAAAGCUGACAUGUGAGCUUGAAGUGGUCAAGCAGAGACUGGAGAUCUCACAGUCAGAGCUGCAUGAGCUAACAGCGAAGAAGGUUACCAACACCAGUCAGGUGACGGAGCAAGAGGCAGAACGCACACAGCCUCUUGGAAGAAAAGAGCAACUGCCGGGCAGCAUGAGUGACGGCGGACAUGCGGAGCUGACAGAGAUGAGGGAAAAGUACUGUCACCUCAGGGAGUCUUGGGAUGCUCUUGAAUUGGAAAACCAGAGAGUGCAGGAUCGCUGCCUGUGUUUGGAGUCUGAGAUCCUUGAGAAGGAGGAGAAGCUGCACCUACAGGUGGAGGAGUAUCAAAAACUAGAAGCCCAGAGAGUCCAAACCAUAGAGGAAUUAAGAGCUGUGGCUUCACACUGGAAUGAAAAAUGGCAAGAGGUGUCUUUGACCCUAAACACCACACAGGCAGAGCUGGAUGAACUCAAGAAGAAGGACCUUAGAUGUAAGCUCCAAGAGGAGGCAGCACAACUGGCAGCUGAGGUUGACAUACUGAAGAGAGAGAGGCAGAAAGACAAGGAAGAAAUUGAGAGUCUGCUGCAGCACAAAGCUAAUAUGGAGACAGUGCCGAACAGAGCCAAGAAGGACUCACUGUUAAAAGUUGAGCUUGAUGCAUGUAAACAAGAGCUGGAGCUGGAAAGGAGCAGGAGUCAGGCGCUGCUUCACAGGUGCAAGGGGAAAGACAAAGGCGGUGAAGCUGUGCAGACUCAUGGCACACAGACACUGACAGAACUCAGCAUACCAUUACAUACAACUACAGGAUCCUCUACAUUAUGGCAGAGACCUUCGGACUCCAGUAGCAGCCAAAACAAUCCCUCGCAGGUUCAAGUGGAGCUUCAGAAAGUAUGGGACAUGCUGCAGACCAGAGACACUGAGCUUAAGGAGCUGCAGCAGGAGCUUCAGUCAGCCAGAGGACAGGUGUGUUUGCACAGCAGUGAGGUUGAAAAGCUGGAGCUGCAACUGUCUCACAGAGAGAAGGAGCUGAGGGGAAAAGAGAAUGCUUUGGAGAGUUUGGAAAGGCUUAGAGAGGCCGAAAAAAUGGAGGCACAAGUCAAGAUUUCUGCACUGGAGCUAAAGUUAAAGGGAAAUGCCUCUGGAGACAAUCAAGAUGAUGGGGGCCUAGCAGAUGUUCUGACCACUGACUCACUGAGGGCUGAGCCACAAGAGAGCAGGAAGAGGGCCCACCAGCUGCAGCCUGAGAACAACCUGGCUGUUCAGAGGCUGCAAAAACUAAGGCAGCUUUACCCGGGUAAAGGUGAGAAUUCAUCUCUUGAAAGCAAGACAGAUAAAACUCUCCGUCCAGUUCAUGUGGAGCAGGACAAACAGAGGAGGAUGGUCACUGAGCAGUUAAAAAGCCUUUUUAAGGAGCGACAAGGGGGAGGGAAGGAGACGGGUUCAGCAGCAGCUCAGACUGGAGGCUCCUCACUGAAAGACUGGGUCCCUAAAUCCGAAGCUGUCAAGACGGCACUUGACACGCUGCACAGCCAGAGGCGUCGACAACAGGAGCUUCAAGGAGCCGCCAGGAGGAACUGGCAGCAGGGGGCAGGUUUGAUGCCAGUGUCUGAGGAGGAGGAGGAGGAGGAGGAGGAGGAAGACACUGAUCAGCCAGGAGGUGACAAGGGAGCUCUACAACAAGUGGCACACGACAAGGAAGAGCUCCACCAUCAGAGCCACCAGCUGCCCGCAGAAACUGUAUCAGAGAAGUCUUCAAAUGCUGGGGUGCCAAGUCUAUCCCCGUCUUCAGCUGAGGGUGACCUGCUUGGGACGGUGCCCUGCCUCUAUCCAGAUGGAAUAUUCCAGGCCAGGCUUGUAGAUAUCUAUAGUCCCGAUGAAGAUGAGGAUGAGGAAGAUGUCAAGAAGCAUGACACCUCCUGAAAAGUUCAGCAUUGGGCCAAAGUUUGUAAAAUUCUACUGUAUAGAGGCAGUUCUUCAGAGGGCACGAGC